UUGAGGAAGGACUGGAGCGAGUGCUGCGGCGCAAGUCACCGGGAUAAAAGAGGCACAGCAAACAAAAAACCGGGGAUGGAGGCGAGGGUUUAUUAAAGUUUCCUUCAAAAUUAACCCGCCGGCUCUUGUUGGUGUCUGUGGGCUCACCUCGCCGGAGGAGUGGAGUCGUCAGCGGCAGGCUGGAGUUAUUGAUGGACCUUUGAACUAGAGCUCACUGGAAACUGGAGAGACGUCACUGACGGCGUGAGGACAGACCCUUCGCCCACUGUCAACCCUCCCUCUUAAACCCAGACAGCCUCUAUGCUCAUCAACCUGACUGUGGCCAUCAAGGAGUCUCGUGCCUUUCAUGGAACACAGCUUGCCCUUCCCGCCGCUGCCCCAGACGCUGUGGAAGUGACAGCCAUGGAUUCGCAUCCGGUGCUGGUCGCCCCUCCGCCACCUCCGCCUCCGCCCCCUCCUCCUCCGCCCCCACCUCCGCCGGCGUCCUCCUCUUCCUCCUCGCCGUUCAGCCGGGCUGACAGUGCCCGUCGGAGCCGGCUGAGGAAGCUGAACUGGGAGCGUAUCCCCAAGGAGAAGGUGGAGGGGAGGAAGAGCGUGUGGAGCGGGGCGGCGCCGGGCGAGGACGAGUUCCCCAUAGACCUCCAUUCUCUGGAUGAGCUGUUUGGUCAGAAGGACAGCAAGCCUCAGGACAGAACCAGCACCCUGCGACGCAGGUCUGCUCUGCUGCGCUGCAGAUCCCCCCAGGACAGCUCAGAAGAGAUCUCCCUGCUGGACUCCAAGCGCAGUAUGAACAUUGGAAUAUUUCUACGCCAGUUCAAGAUGCCCGCUAAGGAGAUAGUUGAGGAUAUCAGGCAGGGUGCCGGGGACCGUUACGGAGCGGAGAAGCUCACAGAGCUCUGCAAAUUGCUGCCCGACAAUGACGAGGAGUCUCGCCUGAGGAGGUUCGGUGGGGAGCGGAGCUGGCUUGGAGAGCCUGAUCUUUUCAUCCUGCUCUUGGUGGAAGUCCCCAGUUUUCGGCUCCGUCUGGAUGCUAUGAUCCUGCAACAAGAGUUCGACCCUGCCGUGACCUCUCUGUGUGUGGCAGCCAGAUGUCUGAGGGAGGCGGCCAGAGAACUGCUGAGCUGUCCUGAAUUACACUCCAUCCUUCGUUUGGUGCUGAAAGCGGGGAACUAUAUGAAUGCUGGUGGAUAUGCAGGGAAUGCCGCUGGCUUCCGGAUUUCAUCGCUGCUCAAGCUGGCUGACACCAAAGCCAACAAACCUGGCAUGAAUCUGCUGCAUUUUGUAGCCAUGGAAGCUGUGAAAAAGGACCAGAGUUUACUGUCAUUUCCCAGCCAACUAGGCCAUGUUGCCUCCGCCUCCAGGUUGUGUGAGGAGUCUGUGUUGGAGGACUUAUCCAAGCUAAAAAGCAGAGUGGUGGCCCUCAAGGCAAACAUCCAGACUGAGGCAGAGAUUCAGCAGCAUACACAACCUUUCCUAGAGAUGGCUGAGGAGCGUCUGAAGGAGGCGGAGGAUGAGGUGGAGGGCAUGAGGAUGUCUAGUCAGGCUCUGGUGGAGUUUUUCUGUGAAGAUGACAACACCUUCAAACUGGAGGAGGCUUGCAGGGUCUUCCAUUUGUUUUGCCACCGCUUCCAAAAAGCUGUUCAGGAGAAUGCAGAGCGGGAGCUGAAGGAGCAGAAACGCCUGGAGCGUCAACGUGAGAUGGGGGAAAAGCGUCGCUCUCUCGCUGUCUGUACGGGGCUGGACCAGGGCCUCAGCCUUGCCAGAGAGCCCGAGAGUCAGGAGAACCAAGACGAGCUGGAGAAACUCCUCGAGAAGAACUUGAGCUACACGUGGAGCCGACGUAGCCUGAGAAGCUCUGACUCCCGCAGACUUUCCCAACACCUGCACAAUGAUACCCAUCUCCAUAACCAGCUCAAGGGCUUCCCUGAGCUGGGCAGCAGCCCCACGUCAACCAGUUAUCAUUCUAACAGCUCCUCGGACCAUGAGACCACCGCUGCGCUUUGUAGCUCCCCAGAGACUGAUGGCACAUGUUCCCCUGUUGACCAAGAACCAGUUCCGAGUAGAGGGAGCAGAUCUCGGCACAGCCAAGCAACCAGCAGCAGCACUGGCGCAGUUCAGGACUCGCACGUUGCCAUGUUUAGUCAUUCUCAGCAUGGGCGGGCCUUCACAGUCAAGCAACAAGGGCCUGAGAGCAUUUCCUAUUUGCUGCAAGGCCAACCGAAGGCAACAGGUCUUGGAAAAGAAGCAGAGUCCUCACAUGAACACAUGGUUUCUAUGACCAUGGAAUCUCCACCUACUUCCUGUACAAACUCCGCUGCUAUACCCACUGAUACACCUGCCCUUUCUGCUAAAAGGCAGACCACCACUCAUAGACAUAGGUUUGGCCUGCCAGUGACAGACAAUACUCGCCCUGUUAAGAGUAAAUCUAGCGGCUCUUGUUUUGAUGAGUCUGCACCUCAGUCUCUCCAUACAAGUGGAAUACUUUCCCACAGUGACACCGGGGCUGCGUCAUUAAGGUACCAGGGAUCUGAGAGCCAAUCGCAUUCACCUGUAAAUGCUCCAGAGAGGGUCCAGUCACAACCACAGGCAAGAGACACAACCACCAUAACAACAAGUGCUGUGAUGCCUGAUGCAGGUUUAACAAAGCACACUGACACUGAAGGGGCGUCCACACCUGUGGAGGAGAACUGGAUGCCCUCCAGUCUACCAGAGUUCAGCAAAUCACAGCCAGAGGAGUAUUCUGACUUACCCAGUCCAGAGAGGGAGACGACAAGGUCGUACUCUCGUGUGGGUGAAACCCUGGAGUGCCACACUCUGGUGAAAGGCCUCCGGUCCUAUGACGCCUUGUCACCCCCAACCUCCCCGCUCCCACGACCUACGCCGAGCCUCUGCUCCAAGUGGAGGAAAGAGAGGGAGGUUGACCUUCGAGAGGGGACAACUCCAGGGUCUCCUACAUCAAAGGAGGAGGCUCGAACCAUGAAGAUCCCUGUGCGUAGUGGAAUAGGGGCCAAAAGGGGACUUGUGUCACGUGCGGGACCUUCCAAUAGCACGGGCAUUCCCAGAGUGCGCUCCAAAACUGAGCCUCUAAAUGGAGCUCCAACCCCUGCUAACCCACCCACCCCCAGCCGGCUGUCUACACCUCGCAGCGUAUCCAUGCGUUCGUCUCCUAUCACACGGCCUGCUGCUGUUCAGACAGAGGUGAAACGCAGUAGUAGCACAAGGGAGAGGACUGUAAGUGAGCAACAGACUCCAGGAAAGCCCACCUUGACCCGCAGGGCCUCUGACAGAUCCUUACCAGAAAAAGUCUCAGGCAGCACCCAGCCAGCCUUCAUCAGAGGAACUCCUCUCCGUGUGUCAAAACGACUUGCCCCGAACUCUGAGACUCAGGCGCCCCCUCAGCCUCGCACUGCCCACAGCCCGUCCUCCGCCACGGCCAAGACCAUCCGCACAGCUGUCAUAUCUGCCGCCCGAAACAAGACUGCGAAGACAACGAGCACAAGUGCCCCUCCUGCUAGCUCUAAAAUCCCCACGGCUUCACGGAUACCUGGUCCCAAAAUGCCUCGAGCUGCUGCAGCUCAGCCGCUGUGGAGGUGAUGGAAGUGGACAUGCUUGCACUGUGCAGUUUUUUCACACUUUCAAUGCCUUUAUGGAUUUCAGUCUAAUAUAUACAGUGUGGGUAUUCAUAAGGACUGUGAGCCAUCAGUCAUAUGUCUCAGUUUCUAGGUCGUCUAAAUUCAACUUGUAUGAAAUUUGUUUGUAGUUCUGAGUGCUUUAGGUUCUACAUACACAAGAGGGAGCUGCACUGGGAGCAUUGGGGACAUUUAAUUUCAUAUGCUAUAUCCCAUAGCAGAGAAGUAGAUCCUCCAAAUCCUACCUCUUUUUACACUCUUUUGUGUCCUUUGCGGGCAAUAGGACACAACAAGAACACCCAUCUUACAGUAACGUUUCAUAUGUAGAACAGGUUAAUUCACAACAGUAAAACACAUGCAAGUGACAUUACUCUGUGCGUAGUCCGUACAAGUGUGCUUCGAAAGAGUUGGAAUUUGGGACACUGUUUCAAUCUGUCUAGCAUGAAAAAAAUAGUGUUUUUUUUUUCUUUUUGCUUUAGGAAAUUGUCCAAAUGUUUUGAAUACUGUGACCCUUCUGCUAAGUGAUCAUUGUGUUCUCACUCUUGGCUGUCUUACAGUCCGAACUGAACUCGGUACAAUAUUGAAUUGUCCAUCCUCUUGUUGAGAGGCCUCAUCGUUCUGAUGCACUUUACAAACUGAAGAAGAGGCCGCGAGAAGAUGAUUACUGUCGUUUUUAUUUUAUGUCAAAAGAUUCUAUAACUUUAUAAAAUUGAAUAGCAUUGGUUGUUAUUCACUGUAUUUUGUGAAUUUAUAAAUAAGAGGAGAUGAAUAAAGACAGUGAUUUAAAUAUUA